UCAGAACAUAUGCAGGGUUUGUGAUAGAAGGGAAUGCUUCAACGUACCAAAUAUAACCGCUUCAGGAAUGAUUCGGUGACAUCGGUCGACGAUCUUAUCCAUAACUUGUCCAUGAACAGCAAGGUCUCAUCAAUUGGUCCAACGUCAACACCGUCGCCGUACCUGGUCUCUCCUGAGGUUCUCCAGAAGGACCAAGAUGGACCCACCGCCAUUUGCACUCUCAUGCACAAAGUGUCCCACCUGAAACUCUCCCAUUCAGGCAGCCUUUCGGGUAUCAAGAACCUCUCAUCUGCAGUGAAGGAGCUUGCUGUCUCCAAGUUGCAGGGGAGCUCGGCAGCAGAGGCUUCAGACAACACAUGUAACCUUGCCUCUGCCACUCCGUCUUCUCAGCAGGACAAGAGCAAGAUGAACACGGGGAAAAAAACAUGGUCAGAGGAAAUGGACCUGGGAGGCGAAGACUGGAAUCAAGGGAACAAUGUUGCCAGCAAAGUCUCCCAAGGGUGGCUUCAUUCGAACGAGAAGAUCCUGGGACCUGGAGUGACGUACAUUGUGAAGUACUUGGGAUGUAUAGAGGUCUUGCGUUCCAUGAGAUCCCUUGACUUCAAUACUAGAACACAGAUUACAAGGGAAGCGAUCAGCCUUGUUUGUGAAGCUGUGCCGGCAGCCAAAGGAGCCUUUAAAAAAAGAAAGCCGCCGAGUAAAGCCCUCUCUAGUAUCUUGGGGAAGAGCAACCUUCAGUUCGCGGGAAUGAGCAUUACUCUGAAUAUCUCUACCACCAGCUUAAAUCUGAUGACGCCUGAUUCCAAACAGAUUAUAGCAAACCAUCACAUGCAGUCUAUUUCCUUUGCAUCUGGAGUAGAUGUGGAUACAACAGACUAUGUUGCCUAUGUAGCUAAGGACCCUGUGAAUCGCAGAGCAUGUCAUAUCCUGGAGUGCUCUGAUGGCCUGGCCCAGGAUAUUAUCAGCAGUAUAGGACAAGCAUUUGAACUUCGUUUUAAGCAAUAUUUGCAAUGCCCCUCAAAGAUCCCGGCUCUUCAUGAUAGGAUGCAAAGUUUGGAUGAACUUUGGAUGGAAGAAGAUGUUGAGGCGGCACCCGAGCAUCCAUAUUACAACAACAUUCCUAACAAAAUACCUCCGACCGGGGGCCUGGUUGAUGCGAGGCUCAAAGCCAAGCUCCCCUCUGUUUCAGAUCCUACUCAGUCUGCAUCAGCAAUGGGAAGAGAGCAAACAUACUACCAGAGCCAAUACGUAAGGGACCUAUUUGGCGAAGAUCAGCAACAGCGACCCAGUAGGCAAGGCUCUUUGGACAUUUACAGCCUGCCGGAAGGAAAAUCUAAUGUAACCCCACCAGGAGAGGUAGCGGCCUAUGUGAAUACGCAACACAUAAAUAUGGAAAUCCUUCAGGCUCUUCAGGCAGAUGCUGAAAACCUGUUUAGUGGAACAAUAGAAAGUACCAAAGACAGCAGCCCAGGAAAAGAUCUUUUUGAUAUGAGCCCUUUUGAAGAUGCUCUCAAGAACCAAACCCCUGGGCCCAUUUUGAACAAGGCUACCUCAGUUGAACGUACCAGCCCGCUUCUCUCCAGAGCAGAAGGUGCAGCAGCAGAACUGAGCACAGAACCCUGGUAUCAAGGGGAGAUGAGCAGGAAAGAAGCCGAACAGCUCUUAAAGAAAUGCGGAGACUUCCUGGUUAGGAAAAGCACCUCGAAUCCAGGCUCGUACGUGCUGACUGGGUUACACAACGGACAAGCCAAGCACCUUCUCUUGGUGGAUCCCGAAGGAACUGUUCGUACAAAGGACCGCAUAUUUGACAGCAUCAGCCACCUCAUCAACCACCACCUGGAGAACAAUUUGCCGAUUGUUUCUUCCGGGAGUGAACUCUGUCUCCACCAGCCGGCAGAGAAAAAACAGUGACUCCACCCCUCCCCACCCCAUGGCAAGAUAUGUAGCUGUGUCUCUCAGAAGCCACAGUCAGAAAGGAACUGCAAACUUUUGUCCGUAGAAAAAGAAUAUCACCCGUUAAUGUUUUCUGUAAGUUAAAGAAAUGCCAAGACGAAGAACAUUCUUGUGGCUUUUCAGAGUCGGUAAAGAAUGGCAAAAAUAGCAGGUGGAUGGGUUUUCUUCAAAACAUGUAAUCGAAGUGUUCCUGAUUCCUUAAUAUGAAUAUUGACCGUGUACAUACACACACAUUCUAUAGAAAUACGGUAGAUAUUUAUAUUUUUGAAGUCAGUCUGCUGAAGAUAAUGGGCCAAAAAAGAAAAGAAAAAGCAUUUUAGCUGAAGAUACAAGAAAUGAGUGAUUGUCUAGAUCAGGCAUCUCCAAACUGCGGCCCUCCAGAUGUUUUGGCCUACAACUCCCAUGAUCCCUAGCUAACAGGACCAGUGGUCGGGGAAGAUGGGAAUUGUAGUCCAAAAAUCUGGAGGGCCGAAGUUUGGGGAUGCCUGGUCUAGAUUAAACAAUACUUACAUCCGGUCUUGUUUCCCUGAGAAAAUUGAUACUGGAAAUCUCAAGGGUAGUUUUAUGAUAAAAAUAAGCACAAUAACAGAGAGAAAACAGACAAGAUCCAAUGAUUAAAUAGCGAGUGAUGUAACAUGAAUCAAUGAGCUAAUAUUUCAACAGGAAAAGUUAGCUUGAAGCAACUUUUGAAAACAUAAUUCAUUGUCUCUUAAGUUCAAAAGCGUUUUUUCCCCUCUUUCUGAUGUCCCACUUAAAUUCU